GUGACAAUAAACAUAGGUUGAUUGCUCGGUUAACUCGAGAGAAGAUUAUCUCCGUUGAUUCCCUAAAAUGUUUUAUAAAAGAGAAGGAAAUAAAACGGGUAGAUAACAAAAUGGGCAGUUUGAACAUAGCGGAAUGGACACCAGAGCAAGUAGCGGACUGGUUAACAGGUCUAGGACCGAAAGUAGCCCAGUAUGUGCCGGAGCUACAGAAGAAGGCUCUCAAUGGCUCGAAACUGCUGACGAUGCGCUGUGAUGACUUAGAAUAUCUAGGCGUUCAUAUCAUUGGGCACCAGGAACUUAUAUUAGAGGCUGUGGAGCACUUACGAAACUUUCACUACGAGUCGUCCCGCGAGUGCGUGCAGCAGCUGGCGGUACGCGUGUCCGGGGCGGCUCAGUCCUUGGCCCGCGCACUGCGCUACCAUGGUGACGCGCGCCUGGAGACGGACUCGCUGGCGGACGUGGCCCGCACUGUACACGCCGUCAAGCCCCUCGUGUGCUGGCUGGACCGCUGGCCGCUGUGUUCGGGUUCGCCUCUCGCGGCACGGAAGGCUGCCCUGUUGAAGCUGUCCCUGGAGGCGGCCACGUGCGCCCAGCGGGAGAGGUUCGCGGAGCAGCCGGCCCGCGCCGUGGCCGCCGCCGCCGCCGCCCUCGCCGCACUCGCAGACUACAUCAUACAGGACGUGUCGGACCCCAUGAUCCUGCAGCCGGCGCGGGUGGACUCGGUGUCGCUGGUGCAGGGAGAGCGCGCGCUCGGCUUCGAGGUGGUCCCGUCGUUCUGCGGGCACCACCAGCUCGCACACAUCAGGUUCGCGUCUCCCGCACACGCCUCCGGGCUCGUGCACGAGGCCGACGAGAUCGUCCAGGUGGGAGGGCGCUGCGUGGUGGGCUGGCCCGGGGAGGCCGUGGAGGCGGCGUGCACGCGGGCGGCGCGGGGCGGAGACCUGGCGCUGAAGCUGCGGCGGCGCGGGGCGCGUGCUCUGCCCGCCCUGCCCACUCCGCCGCUCCGCGCGCCCCGCGCUCGGGCCCGUCCUCGUCCUCCGCACGCUCCCUUUACUCUGCACCGGUACGAGCUGGAGUUUCCCCUGUCGGGCGCCGUGCACCCCGCGCCCCGCUCCCCUCCCCGCCCGCCCCGCGCCGACAGCCCGUCCUCCGAAGACAGCGACGCUCUCUCCCCGCCCGCCUCGCCGACGCUCCUACUGCUGCCGGACACCGCGCGUAUGUAUCCUCCCAAGCCGCGCCUGUCGGUGGUCCGUCGUCACUCAGUGAGCGGGGAGACGCCGGCGGCCGCGAGUCACGCGCUCGCCGUCCACCAGUUAUGGCAGCAGUUGCAGCAGCAGCGGCUGGCAUGUGUCGACGGUGACAACGCCCUGUAUCGGAGAGAUAAGGCCGUGUCGUGUAGUACGGGCCUGCAGUUGUCUCCUCGGCCCCGUACGUGCCUGGUGGUGCCGCGGCCGCUGGGUCAGCUGGGCCAGGUCGCGGGGCCGCCGGCCGCCUCGCCGUGUCGCGGGAAGCUCGACAAGAGUCACUCGACCCCCGCCUACGACUUCGAACCGAGCUCGGAGCCGGGGUCGCUGGCCGCGCAGACCAUCCCGGAGUCCCCGACCACUCCAGUCACGGACGCCCCGCCUCACACAGAGAAGGCGGGGCAGAUACUGGACUUCAAGAAGUCCAGUUCGCAGAUAGAGGAGGCCAUCCAGCAGAGGAACCGGCGGGCGAACGGAGACGACGACAAGAACGACGCGUUCACAGAAGACGACACGAAGCUAGAGAUAGUGGAGACGGUCAACGAGGUGAUGAGGGAGACGGCGGGAGGGGCGAGGGAGGGAGGCAGGGAGGACGCGAGGAGGAGGAGGGAGGCGGCCGGGGACGACACGAGCAGCGACGACCAACAAGCGGCUGGAACCAUGAGACGAACGAAACCUCGCAUCACGGAACGCUUCCGUCCGGCGGACCCGUCCCGUCCUCCUUCCCCCCCACCUCGCCCCUCCCUCCCUCAUCGUCCCGCGCCUCCUGCUCCCCGCGAGCCUCGCCCUCCUCCCCGAGACGCUCCUCAGUACCCUCCAGUGCGCGUCCUCACCCGACCCGCCGAGUCUAGGGACGCCUCCCCGCUCAAGGCCCUGAGGCCAGACAUCCCGCAGGGGUCUGUGCCGUUGAGACACAUCACCAAACACGACAUCAAACUGGUGUCGGCGGAGAGGCGCGAGAUGCCCGCCAUCAACGGCGAGGCGGAGCGCGCGGCCGCACGGAAGGAUGACGUCACGGUGACGGCGGCGAGUCCGGGCGGGGGGGCGGCGGCGGGCGGGGGCGGGGUCCCGCGAGGCCUGUUCCCCUCGUCGAAGGCCCGCAGUCUCAAAAAGAAAAAUUCCCUGCUGGUGAAGCGUCGGUCGGUGCCGGCGCGGUUGCUGUCGGGGCGCGGCGCCUGCGGCAGCGUUGUGCAGCGCGUGCGGGCGGGCGCGGGCACGGGCUGCACGCGCUGGGCCUCCCGCCACCUGCUGCUGGCCCACAACCUGCUGUACGCCUACCGGUCGGCGGAGUGCUCGCGCGCCGCCUGCAUGAUCUACCUGGAGGGGUUCACGGUGUGCGCGGCGGCCGAGGUCAAGUCCCGCGCGCACGCCUUCAAAGUGUACCACACGGGGACGGCCUUCUACUUCGCGUGCGACUCGCGCGAGGCGAUGCUGGCCUGGAUCGGUCUCAUCCACCGCGCCACUCUGCUGCCGUCGCUGCUCUCCGAGGCGAUGGAGUUAUCGAAACAGUUUUCGGAAACUGAUUACUCCGAAACCGAAUCGGACUUAGAAACAUCGGAAAGAAGGUUAGAAAAGGAAAAAGAGAGGGAGAAGGAGAGGGAGAGGGAGAAGGAGAAGUCGAAGUUUGGAUCGUUGAAGAAGUUAACGCAUCGGACGAGUAGGAGCGAGUCACAGGAGAACGUGAGCCAGCAGGCGGCCACCAGCCUCGACAGGAAGUACCUCAGGUUCUUUUCACGGGCGCGCGCCAAGGACGACAACAAGACGCCCAAGAAACCGUCCGGCGUGCCCGUGCCUACCGAGCAUUACCGCAGCUACCGCCGCGCGGAGCCCCCUCUACCCUCUCCCCGCGCCCCGCCGCCCGCGCCCCGCCCCUCAUCCUCCAGUAGCAAGAAGCUGCCGAAGCCCAUCAACUACAUCCACGCGUCCAACCCCAACUUGCUGGACUUCGAGAAGAGCGACUUCGUCACCAAGCCGACCAUCCAGGUUCCGAAGCCGAAGGUGUCGAAGCCGGACAGCCUGGCGGGGUUCGUGACGCUCGAGGAGUUCAUGCUGCAGAAACAGGCAGAGGAGAGGCAGCAGCUGUAUUCCGGCCGCGUGCUGCUCGGAGUGGAGCGGGGGGCGCGGGCCGCGGGCAGGGGGGCGCAGGGGGAGGGAGGCGAGCUGCAACGGCGGCUCGACCGGAUAGUGCCCGACGUCAUCUACGGAGAGUUGGCGCCCGAACAUAGAGACAGAAACAAACCGGUCUCCGUCCCUGACAAGGAUGGUUACGAGACCCUCGUGUAUCCGGACGAGAGAGACGGCCGGACUGACUCGAUAGUGUCCGGCUCCUCCCACGGUCCGCACUCGGCCGCCGACAGCAGCGUGUCGACGGGCGUGUCGCGGCUACGGCUCAUGUUUGGAGCAAGACGGGACCUCGUGCGACAAGAGAGCAGUCGCUCGGAGCAGUAUCCUCACCUGCAGUGUCCGCCGACCUUCCAGCCGGAAACGUACUCCCUGGCGCGGCCUCCGAGAGACGCACACACACGCACACACGCGCGCGACUGACGACACGCACACACACACACCACCUCCAGCACUCCUCUCACUACACUCACACACGCACACUCCACUCGCCUUGAAGUGUGCUGAACUUGCAUGUGGUCUUUUGUAACUAGACUACACACACACACACACACAUACACAUGCAGCCAUACACCCAGUACUUUUUAAGUUAUUUGGGACAGUGGGAGCGGAAUGAGAACAUAUCAAGUUUCAAACACUGUAUUGUGAUGUCGAGUGAGUGUUCUAUACAACGAACCAGCGACUCGCGGUCCCCUGCUCAUUAACACUGCGUCGGCCGCGCGUCGCUGGCCGGCUUCUUGAGACUAUUCUGUCCUCGCGGCGCUUCAUUGGGACAGUCCACACACGAGGUGCUGCUUCAAGUUUACUUGUAUAUGUUGUAAUAGGCUCGCGCACGCGUCACGAGGCUGAGAGAGUUUACAAGUUUGAGACUGCCUUCACUCGACUGUCUCGAAGCGAGCCGCGACGGUCGCGUGAUGUAGAUACGUGCCAAAUAUUUUACAGAUUUCUUUGAAUAGAGGCUACUCAUAUAUAAACACACCGCCGCGGAAUAUUACAUAACUAGGUUCUAAUGAUGCUGUGACGUCAUAAACUGACCACGGAUUGAUACAGCACGAGACGUGGAAGGACGCGACUUGACGCACACGAGAUGUUUGAGAACAGAUGAAUCUCAAGAUAACCAAAUUAAUGUUAUAGCUAAAUUGUUAAACUGGUUUUAUCCGGCAUUAUUAAAUUUUAUUUUUGCUCUAUAUGGUUAUAACAAAAUAGCUAAUAUAAAAAUUAAAAGUUGGCAUGACUCGUGACCGGCAUCUCUUGACACUUCUACAUACAUGUCUACAUACAUGUACACAAACGAGUAUAUUAUAUAUGUAUAUUUCUAUGUCAUUUCAUGAAUAAGAUACGAGAGUUCGUUUCCACGUUGUCAUCCAUGGUUUAAUCUCGUUUGCAUUAUGUCUGGUCUGUAUAGUUGCUGGCAAAUUUUCAUUCUAAAGGAAACUAUGAACAUAAAUAAUAGUUUCACUCGUCGUGAUGUCGGCGGAAUCAUCUCGCGAUAUUAUAUCGUGUGCGUUAAGAACAAACUGGCAGGAAAAAUUAAAUCGCUGAAUUGUGACAGCGUGAGAGCGUUUAGUACUGGACCGGUGCCCGAGCUCCUCCGUCGUCCGUGUUCCGUGAUCUCGUCUGUCGGUGCAUCUUGACGCCCACAGCUAUGCACGAGCCCUUGUUUUUCGUGUGUAGAGUUCGACAAACAUCAAAGGCGAUCGGUUCUUGUUGAUGUCAGUGCGUGUACCGCGCGCCUCCGGUUCUUAUUAUUUUAUAGUUGUGCUCAAUUAAAUAUUUACGCGCGUUUAUUAUGAAACGUUACGCUUAGCUUGUAAGAUGAAUACGAAACGAGCGAUGUGUGAUUGAACGAAAUAAUAUCUAGAACACCAUUUAUUUAAGGAGUUAUAUAAAAGUUUAAAUUUUUGUAUGGAACUUUAGUUAUGAUUUCUUCGGGGUCGUCGACCUCAUGUGGUGCUUUGAAGUGUAAUCUUCGAUUUUAACUGAGACUAAUGUAAGAAUAGUUAAGCGACGUCGGUCUUCCCCUGCAUCCGCUCUUUGUAUGUAGUGUGGUGCGGUACUGCCUGUGGGUGCCGACGUGUGCUCUCACUACUCAUGCUACAUACGGAGGGGGGGGGGGGGGGGGUCGGUGAUACUCAUUAUAACAGUAGAUAGACUUAUUGAAACUGCGUUUCUCUGUUACUGUUAUGUGUUUGUUAUAAAAUUCCUCCAAUUAAGUUACUAGUGUACUGCACGCUUGAUAUUAAAAAUAGUCCUUAUAAUUUUUUUUAUACAAAUAAAUUGUAAAAACCACUUUUAUAUGAAAAAAGCACCCAACGUCUAUAUCGAUAUGAAUGGAUCUGUGUCGAUAUUUUUCAUUAAGUUAUUUAAAAAUACAAAAUUUUAAUUGAAAAAAAUGAUUGUGAUGACAGUUGUUAGAAGAAUUUAAAAGUAUAUAUUGAACUGACGUCACACACACAUGUAUAGAUAAAAGAUAGGAACAGUUCCUAGACACGAGGUGUUACAGAACACAGGAACCGGCGUAUAGUAUAGUGUAAAGUUAUUAUUUGAGAAGAAAUAUUGAAAUUUAUAUUUUUGUAACUAGAUAAUCAAUGUUAGGGACGAGAUGUAAGCGAGUAUCCAGCACUGAGUGACCGAUAUGCCGGCGAGCGAGUGAGUGAGCGAGUGAGUGAGUGAGUGAAUGAUGGAUACCGCUGUAUAUUUAUCAUGUCGAAUAUCAUCUUGUUCAAUUAUUUACUUAAAUAAAGUGGUUUCUUAUAUACAA